ACUUUGCAAUCGAUCGAGUGAAGAUGGCGACCCGCGGUGUGUGGCAACUGGAGAAGCUGACGAUCCGCUACUGCCAGUACGGCGGCAGCAGCCGCUACGUGCGCGACCUCCUCAAGGACCAGCGCUUCUUGGCCUUCGUGGCCGAGAACCCGCAGGUGACCUUUGAGACGGAGCUUAAGGGCAACCGCCACCCCGUGCUCAUUGGCGACUACAUCACCAAGGAGCAAAAGGUCUGCGACGUCAAGAACCAGGAGAUCCCGUUCGUGAUGCAGAUGAUCCAGCGCCUGCGCGACACGAGCGGCCGCAAGAUGACCAAGGUCAACGCGCCCGUGCUCUCGAAGCGCCCGACGAUCCAGGGCAUCUGGCAGCCCGACACGGCCGAGCUCUUUGAGAAGACGACGUUCGAGAUUGAGCACCGCUCGCAGUAAUUACUAGUAGACACGACCCUUUGGAUAUAGUCGUCGCCUUGUAUUAAUCGUUUGGGUUGCUCUGUGCCCC